AUGGGCUGGAAGGUCCAUGUUGCAUAUGUAUUAAACAGAGCUAAAGCCCUUUCCUAUGCGCUAUUGCGUUUUUUCUUUUCAGAUGGGGCUUUCCAUAUUCCAUCAGUGUUAAAAGUUUUCAAGGCAAAGGUGAUUGCAACAAUAGCAUAUGCAGUCCCAUUAUGGGGGUCCUUUGCUAAUCUAACCCAUUUGGAGGUAAUCCAAAACCAGCUUUUAAGAAGGUUGUUAAAAUUACCCAGGUGUGUAAGCAAUACUGCUAUACGACUGGAACUAAAUGUUACAUCUCUAGAAACCACAUUAUGGAAAUGCAUCCUCUGUUAUUGGUUGGCUUUAUGGCAUAAACUUCCAAAUCUCCACUUGAUACAGUGCCUCUGGAGAGAUGACUUCCCUAGCCCCUGGGCAAAAAUAAUACAUGGGAAACUUGUGUCCCUAGGACUAUCUCCAUCUGAACUAUUAAAAUUGGAUUUAAUUUCGGCCAAAAGAAUUAUAACUCACAAAUUAGAGGAGAUGGAUUUACAAUUUAAUAUUGCGACAGGUGGUGGCACCUGUUCGCCGAUAAACCUUGGCUUAACACCACCAACGAAACUUCCAUCUUACUUAACUACCUUAUCUGUGGUGACGCACAGGUAUGCCUUUAUAAUGGCUAGAUUCAAUGCUUUCCCAUCAAACGUGUUGGGUAACAGACUCUCCAACGGACAGAUCUCACUCCUCUGUGACUGUAAAAGCGGAUCUAUAGAAUCGUUAUAUCAUAUAAUCUUCUGUUGUCCAUUACAUUCGGCUUCACGGUCCAAGUUUCUGGCCCCAUAUUUAUCGAGAAUUGCUGACAGUCCUCAGGAAGCCCAAAUAAUAUACUUAUUAAACGACGAAGAUACAAGUAGAUCCCUUGCAGUCGCUAGAUACCUGAUUAAUGUUUUAUUUCAAAAGAGGAGAAAUGGAUCACUGUAUGUUUCUGACAGCUUAGCUAAACUUAAGAACCAUCAAUAA